UGCAAAUUUAAAAAAAAGCAAAUAAACAAACAACCAGAAACAGAGCAGCGACGCGAUUCAAACUCACUCGCUAGUUCCAGUCUGUUGAUUAAACCGGCGAGAUUGUCCGGAAGUCUCGCGAGAUCACAACAAACCCUCGUUUUGGGAGGAAUUUCAGCUUUGCAACGUUUUAAUAACAUUCUUUAAAACAACAACAAUACAAGAUUGCUCUAACUCGAUGACACAAAUGUAUUUCUGAUGCGUUAAUAAACCGAUAUGGAGUCAAAUCGGAUGUGUGCUGCUGUAUGUUUCGUUUUUGCUGUGCCUGAGGUCCACUCCGCCCCGCAGGGCGCUGUGCUGGGUUGGGAACAUGUGUUCAUAGUGAGUCCAUCUGCAACUCUGUCCGCCUUUUAACUUCUUAUUUAAACCUCUUUAUUUUAGCUCUUCACUCCUGAGUGCAGCCCGGAGGAGACAGGAACCCGAGCUGACUGUAACCUCCUCCAGUAGCGCAGGACAGUAUAUGAGUGCAGCAGCAGCAGCGGCAGCUGUGGUGGUGGUGGAGGAGGAGGAGGUGGUGGUGCUGGUGGGGCUCUGAGCCAUGGACCCUGAUCUGGAGGAGUCAUUCGGGUCAAUGGAGAGCUCGUGGACUCUUCUGUCAUGGCUGGCCUCGUGUGUGAUGGUGUUUGGGGGUGCAGUGCCAUACAUUCCUCAGUACCAGGAGAUUCAGAAGACCAGCAACACUGAGGGCUUCUCCACCCGUGUGUGCCUGGUUUUGCUCAUCGCUAAUAUACUGCGCAUCUUCUUCUGGGUCGGGAAGCAGUUUGAGCUGACUCUGCUUUUACAGAGUGUGGUGAUGAUUCUAACCAUGCUGGCUAUGCUCCACCUGUGCUGCAGUGUCCAGAUUAACAACCGUGUGAGCACCAAACAGCACCGCAUCUCAGACCUGGACGUGCGGUAUUUUUGGAGAUGGACUGCUUUUGAGGACUACUUGUUGUUCUGUUUCGGCUUCACAAUGCUGUGUGCCUUUUUCACACUCCUCUUCCUGGACUGGGUGGUGUUUGUGGAGUCUCUGGGCUCACUGGCCGUGCUGUUUGAGGCCAUGCUGGGUCUGCCUCAGCUGUUACAGAACUACGACAACGGCUCCACCCGAGGCAUGAGCAUCAAGAUGGUGCUCCUGUGGACUGCUGGUGACAUUUUCAAGACGACGUACUUUGUGAUUAAUGAAAGCCCCGCCCAGUUCUGGGUGUGUGGGAUGACACAAAUUUUGAUCGACAUCGCCAUUCUGGUGCAAGUCGGCUACUACGGUCUGGACUCCAGAACUAAAGUGGGAUGAGUAUGACUUCUCCGGGAAUCAGUCUCCACUCUUAAACAAGGGCUCCUUAACUAUGUGCAUGCUUGUUUCUUUUAUUUUCUUGAGCUCGAAGCUUAUUUAAAUGUUUGUCAGGUUUUUUAAACACUAUUUAUAUUUUUAGUUACAUCGCUCCCAUAAUGUAUCUUCUCAAAGGUUUGCCAAAAUGUUGUCUUAUUUGCUUUGAGAAAUGUUAUUGAGCUUGGCAAACCAUGAGAAGAGCCCCAAGUGUUUUUAGUGAAAUGUGAAUUGGCAGGAAACUCCAGAGAGCGCGUGCCAAAUUCGUUUGCAAAUCUACAACACUUGAUCUGCACUUUGGACUGUUCCACCACAGUACUGUCCCAUCCACUCACACUCACCAUCCUGGAAUCAUUUGCUGAAUCUGCACCUGUCUUUAUGUGGACUGUUUCACGAAAUGGAUAUUUUUCCAUUUUGGAUGCUACUGUUGCAGCUGAAAGAACAAUACGAGUGUUCACUGAAUCUUUACGCAUUCAUUCAUUUCCACUUGAAGAAUCUUGUGUUAAAAAAAAAAUGCUCUAAAUGUUUGCACCUCAGUAUCUCAGUAUAGUUCUUCAAGAUGGUUCCCAAAGAGUUUCACAGUUUAAUGCAGCCAUGACAGCUGAAAUCCACUUAUCUUUGGAGUAUUAGUCCUAUAGUCUUUGGAAGAAAAGAAAAGAGACUAUAGAAGGGUUCUUUGGUUGUCCUAUCAAAAAGGUUUUUUUUUGUUAUUUGUUCCUUUUGUUUUUGUAUACAGAGGUGCCAACUUCUACAGUUUAACAGUAGCAUUUAUAAGCUUUGACGCCCUUGUUACACCGAUAUACGAAACACCUGAAUACGGUAAAGCCAGUUCACUGAAGGGGAAAGGACUCAGGAUGUGAAAAUCAUGCAUUUGCUUUUUACGCCCAGAUCAGACGGAAGUAGUUUUCAACUACUUGCGUCUACCUGUGAUAACAAAAUCGCAGGUAGACGCAAGACUGGUCUUGCGUCGACGCACAAUGACGCAGAUAAUGGCAGUGUUGCAGAGGGUCUUUAGUAGAGGCAGAAUGAAGCAAGUGUAUCACGAUCUGUUCGCAUUUCAGCUACGAUUCGCUUUCACUCGGUGCAAAUAGUAGGUUGACGCGUGUAGAGGCAGGCGGUCGUGCAACGCUUGAGCAACCAAUCGUGGGUUGAAGCAGUUUGGAGUGUGUGGAGAAGAAGAGAGGAAGGCAAAACCGCAUGUUCACACAAACUCUGGGACUUCCACAAUACUCAUAGUUGAUUAACUUACUACAGCAAAAUUCUCAGAGUUAAUUUCCCAGUGUUAAGCAAAAGUGUUAAAAUAUAGGGUUGAAAUGACGCUGUAAAAAGUUGAUUUAACUUUAGGAAGUGUUAAAUUAACACUGCAGAGAUUGGGACAAAAUAAACACCAGCAUAGUGUUAAAAUUGACUCUCAAAGUUGAUUUAACAUUAUAAAAUUUGCUGUGUACACGUCAAGUUUACCAUGUCCGGUUGAACGGCUCUAUCUUAUCAUACAUGGACAAAAUGGAGGUCACGCAUUCCCUAAACGUUACUCUUGAGUUGAGGAGCGAAAAGAAAAGGAGCCCAUUAACAGAUGCCCAUUUCCAGCAAGGUGCACGGCUCAACUGACAGAAAACACAAGCGCGAGCUGAUGACGACGACGCCACCUCUCUAGGUAACACAGCAUGUCUUAGGCCCUGUCCACACGGCAACGGAUUCAGGUGAAUCCGAUACAAUUGUUUAUCGUUUCGGCCUGGCGUCCACACGGCACCGGCAUUUUGGGUGCCCCAAAACGCAAUCUUUUGAGAACGGGUUCCAGAGUGGAAAGAUUUGACAACGUUGCCGUUGCGAAGUCGUCUGGAUGAGUAGAACGGAUUUGUUUACGAUGACGUCACAACCACAUGACUGUCAGUGCUUCACGCCGGGUAGAAGUGUAACGAACUCGAUGCGAGUUGUCAACAAAUCCUAUAAGUUGGUUCAUGAAACGCGCUUACAAAAUAUUUUCACUGUGAAUAUUUAUUGUGUAAUGGUGCAAAGUGAGUGAGAGAGAGAGAGAGAAAAUAGCCCUUAGGGCAGAGUCAAUCCCGCCAGCAAAAAUAGGGAAAAAAAGGAGCGAUCUCACCUCUUCAGAUGUUGGUUUAAGUCCUACAAUACAUUCCUCAAAACGGGCAUAGAAGAACAAAUUAAUCCAUCAACGUGUAGCAUUCAAUUUAUUCCGGACCAUUAAAGACGCCGCCUUCCGCGUAGAAUCAUACGUCGUCCUCGCCGCCAUAUUGGAUAGGUCAAAGCGGAGAAUAAAGAUGCCUCAUUCAUGUGCUGCGUUUAACUGUACCAACAGGUUUACCGUCCAAACGAGAUCACAUGGGAUUACCUUUCACAGGUGAGACUGGAAAAAUACUUUUCAUUGUAUUUGGUCAUUAUAAUGUAAUUUUACGAACAGAUUUUUCUGACUUUGUGGCUAAUAUGAAGUCUCGUGCAUAAUAGUUUAUGCGCAUGCGUCCUUACUUCUUCUAUUGUUCUGGUGUCUCCGAAGGGACCGUCUUACAGCGCCCCUAGAGGUGUGGCAUGUGUAUUGCAUCGUUUUCAGCAAGCGUUGCGUUGCCAUAUGGACCUGAUAUUUUACUGAUCGUUGCCCAUUUGGACGCUAUAUUUUUUUAAAUAACAUCUCGUUGCCAUUGUCGUGUGGAUGUAGCCUUAAAGGCACGUUUCACAAUUUCAACUGUUACAACAUUUGACCAUAACGAAGGAUUUGGCGCAGAAUGCCUGUGUCCACUUGCCACCCGACCGAUCGCAGGUCGCAGCACGCGUCUUUCUGCCGUCUGACCUGGGCAUUAUCUAGCUGAACUUUGACCUGUGAAUUCACAAACCAAAUAGGUAGGCAGGAAUGUCAUCUCUUUAGUCAGUAAAAAAAAAAAUGGAAGAGCUGCUUAUUAUAAAGGAGCGCCAUGCCAGAGUGUUGCCUUGCCAUUCGUUUCCUUGCUGUUGCUUGGCACACAUCUGACGAGAGAGAGAGAGAGACUUGUCUACUGACAUACGUUUGAGGGUUUUUUUGCUGUAAAAUUCUCUUUUUUCUCUCUGCCUGUGAGGAUUUUCUUAUUAACAAUGUUGGCAUCUCUGGUGUGUGUACCCCUCCAGAGGAACUUUUUGUUUGAUCCAAAAGGUGGAAUGCUUUUGAACCUUUUUGAAAAUCGAAAGGAUUUUUUCCCCUAGAACCUCAUCUUGUUGGUUUAUACAUGGAACCAACGGAACAAACGAAACAUUAUACCCUUUAAUUAUUAGUUACUGAUAGUUAUUUGUUGUUUAUGAUGAAACAAAACCUCUGUAUUUCAGAGGAAGUGUGUUGUAAUCCCAUGCACACAGAUUAGUUUAAAUCUUAGCUCUAAUAGUGAAAAUAAAACCAAACUAUAUAAAGGAUAAUUGUGAACUCUUUCCGGCACAUUAGCGCCUGAAUACUUUACUGGUUUAAUGGCAUAAACACUGCAUCGCUGUCAUUGCACUGAUGAUGUGCUCAUGUGUUUAUUGAUGCUGGAAACUGUAAAACUGAGACCAUCAUUUAUUGAUUAGCCAGGAAACUAGUGCAAAUGGUGAAAGGCAGUCUGGAAUGAGACUUCCAUCAGGAAGCCGUUCCACGCCAUUAAGCAUCACGCCAAUGCUGUGAGUGAGACGUUAUUGAUCGUUGACCCCAUAAUGCUGAAUUCUGGUCCAGUGCCUAACAGCUGCACGGUAUGUUUAUCUGAGUCCCAUAAGCCCUCUUUAUAGGCAUCUCCCUCAUUUUCAUUAUUACAACUCACUGUUUGGAGAAAAGAAGUCUUCAGUUCACAGUCGGGCUGACAGUCGACUCAGAGUGGAUGCGUGUUCAUAAACAAGGAUUGUCGCCACAAGGAGAGGGCUAUCAGACAGCUUUCACGUUGUGGAGACAUUUACCUAGUCCUGACUUUGUUUUUGUUUUCUUUCAUAAAAAAAUGCUGUUUUUAUUUUUUUAAGAGUCAAAUGUUUCUUUUUAGUUACUGAGCAUAAGAUUAGGGUUAGAUAUACAGUAUCUAUAGGCAUUCAUUUGUGACAUUAAUACACUAUAUGACCAAAAGUAUGUGGACACCUGACAUCACACUCCUGUGCUUAUUGAACAUCCCAUUCCAGAUUUAUUCCCCCUGUCCUGUUAUAAUAACCUCCACUCUUCUGGGAAGGCUUUCCACUAGAUUUUGGAGUAUGGCGAUGAGGAUUUGAGCCACAACAGCCAUUAGUGAUCUCAGGCAUUGAUGUCCAGGAGGCCUGGGAUGUAGUCACCAUUCCAGUUCAUUUCUAUGGUGUUCAGCAGGGUGGAAGUUAUGGCUCUGUGCAGGACACUUGAGUUUUUCCACUCCAAACUUGGCAAACCAUGUCUUCAUAGAGCUCACUUUGAAAUGCCGGAACAGGUUUGAGCCUCUUCGUUCCAGCGAAGGGAAAUUGUAAUGCUACAGAGACGUCCUGUACAGAGGGAAGCCAUGGUCUAAUGGAGUAAUGGUUAGAAAAGCAGCUUUGGGUACAAAAAGUCGCCAACUCGAUUCCCUGGACCAGCAGGAAUGGCUGAAGUGGCCUUGAGCAAGGCACCUAACCCCCACCUGCUUCCCAAGCUGCUCUGGGUAUGUUGUACAGUGGUGCUUGAAAGUUUUUGAACCUUUUAGAAUUUUUUUUAUUUCUGCAUAAAUA